AACACCAAAAUAAAUCUUUAAACCCAAGUCUAUACCUAAACAUCCCGUAAGCUCGUAGUGGCAGUUAGAUCCAAGAUGGCUGGGUUGCUGGCUCUUCGCGGCCUCUCUAGAAACUGUGGUGCGGCGUCACGGUUUGGGGCACUGAGACUAAAUGGCCUGUACAGGGUGACCUCGCGACCCCUCCUGCCAGCCACCUGCACCCAGGCCCUGCCCCCUAGUCAGCCACAGCAGCUCCUGGCCACCUCCCUCGUGCGGUCCACAGCCCCAGAGAUCGAGCAGGCCGGCCAUGACCACGUUCUGCACUGGACGGCGGAGAGGAUCCUGACGCUGGUGCUGAUGGGGGUCAUCCCAGCAGCCUUCGUCUGGCCCACCCCCUCCCUUGAAUACUUCAUGGCACUGUCCCUCACGCUACACUCCCAUUGGGGAGUGGAGGCCAUUGUGGUGGACUACAUAAGACCCUCUGUGUUUGGCAAGAUCAUCCCCAAGCUGGCUGUCGGCGCUGUCUAUGCCCUGUCCAUCGCGACGCUCGGUGGACUCUGCUACUUCAUCUACACUGAUGUUGGCAUUGUCAACGCUGUCAAGCUUCUGUGGAAACUAUAAUGGUGUCAUCUGUACCCCUUCCCUAAUCCUCCCUGCCUCUCUGUUCUCCAGCUUCCGUCUCUGUACUAUUAUUUGGGUGAACUGUUCUCCAAAGUACUGCCGGGCUGCAGCUAAACUAAGUAGAGAUUGCUAGCCAUGUUUUUGUUAAAUUAUGCUGUUUUUUUUGUCAUUGUCUUUUGUAAAUAAAUUGUAUUGAAAGAGGGAAGUUCGGUUUGGUCUUCUGUCUCUCUGGAUUAGUGAGAAGGUCACACUGCAAAUUGAAGUCAUAUCAUAAGUUAAAGUGAUUACUACUGUCUUACUGUUCCACAGCAAGGCGUCCCUAAGAACAAGGCACAGGUGAUGGAGGCUUGUCUUUCAUACAGGAUCCAUCUGAGGAGAAUGAUGUUUGAAAAUCAAUCAUUUAAACUGUUUCCUAUUUAUUGGAUUAUUUCUCAGUCAGCUGUCAGGAGUCAGUGGAGGUGUGUCUUUCGUGUGUAAGCUGUCUGAGAAAAACACUGCUUUUGGGAGUUAGGUUACAUUUACACUGACUUCCACUUGCUUUGGUUUACUCCCAACAUAUUGCAGAGGAAGUACUUUCUUCAUAAAACUGCUGUUCCUUCAUUGAACAUUCCUUUCAUUGUUGUGGCAGAGAUACUUUGUUAAAGAGGUAAUAUAUAAUGAAUUUGCCAAACAAAACCAAUGUACUGAAGGCAUCAUCACAAAUGCUACACUCCCAUAAAAGGAUUUCUGGGCCAAAUCUAUAGGAAUGCACAGCAAGAGAACAACAGUUUUAUGAAGGAAAUACUCCCUGUAAUAUCAAGCUGAGCUCGGUGACUAGGAUGAUAAAAAAGCUCAUACUUAAUGCUUUGGGUGCUGUCUAGGGAAAGAUGUAAGUUGCAUAUACACUGUGCCUUUUUAUUUGUCUUGAUGCUCUGAAGACACACCCAACUUACAGCGUGACUUACCCCUAACUCUACUGAUUUCUGCACAUGGCAAUCACUCACACAGGCACUUGCUGAGAACCUCCCUGGACAGCACCUGAAGCACUCAAAGUAGUUGGUUAUGAUGCAAGCACUACAGAGGUGUAUAAUGUGCUACUAGUGGUGGUGGUGGUGGUGGUGACUGCUGAUGAAAUGUGGGGAGAAAUAUGAGUGUUUCUGGGUGAGCAACAGUGUCCCCCUUGUCAUGCAUAGGUUAGUAAGUGCCACAUGGUCAACUGUUGGCUUUGUGCUUAAAACCCAUACAGUUCAAUUCAACCGAUGACGGCAAAAACUACCUCGCUCCAUUACACUCUUAUUUCACCCUAUACUACUCAACGCUCUCACUCCACCCAUCCCAUCACACUCUUUCUUCACCCCUACCUGGCUGCCCCAUCAUGAUGCUGUGGUGCAUGCCUAAAUGCUGUGAUUUCAAUGGGUGAAUGUUUAGAAAUGUUAUUCUUUAAUUGGGAGACAGCAUGUUACUAUUUCUACACUGACUCGAGAAUGUAUACCUGAAAAUGCAGUUCCCUGGCUGAAAUGUUAAUGUUUGCUUCACAACUACACUGGUUGAAUAUAUUAAUUGAAGAUGUAGUUUGUUGAGAGCAGCAUUAAAAUAUUAACCUUACACAUUUAAUUUUUUUUAUUAUUUUUUUAUGUAAGAGGGACACUGGCCUGGGCAACAAAAUGAUAAAAAAAAAAUUGUUAAAUGACCUCACUACUACAACAGUUUUGAGUAUAUAUUAUAAAUGCAACAUGCAAGCUGAGACAACAAGUAACAGAGGGAAGCAGCGCAUGAUAAAAAGCAGCCUUGCAUGAUGGAGCGCUCAGUUAGGGUGUCAAUGCAAUGGAUGUAAUGUGACUGAAACCUGGAGCCUCUACACUCAACACUUGCAUCUCAGCUGAGGGGAGAGAGGAAAACAUCACUCCUUACUUGCGUCAUGAGACAGUUCUAAGUACAUAUCUAAAAAUAACCCUUGUCACUCCUUGCUUGUGUCUUAGAACAGUUUCAUGCACACCUCCAAACUUGUAAGAAAAUAUAGAGGCAUGCAUAAGAAAUUUAGAAAAAAAUACUCAUCUGUUGCUAUUUAAAUGAAGGGACAAUUUCAUGCUUAUCUCAAUGAAAACCAAUACAUAGACAAUUCAGUUCAGGGUGGAAAUGACAACUACUUACCCAUCAUCACCCAACAAAUAAAGAACUUCCAAUCUCCCCUACAGUUUCAUGCCAAGUGUUAAGUGAAGAGGUCACAGCAGCACAAAUCACAACAGCUUAGUGCGUCCCCUCUCACGUCCCUCCCUUCUGCUCCCAUUCCUUCCACUUAUGUAUGACUGCUGCAGGAGAAGGCACCAGCAACACCACCACAUCCUCCUUGUCUCUGAGGUGCAAGGCAGACGAGGAGGAUGAGCUAUAAGUGAAAUUGGUCGAAUUUCACUGCCACCCGAAACUUGAAAAAUUCUUGUUAAUAUGCAACUGAAGGCAAGGAUUUAUGUAUCGUGGAAUUUAUCUUUUUUUUUUUUUGCACUGGAUUGAUUGUACAUAUAUGAAUAAAGUAUCGGACUUGUUAAA